GGGCUCGACGGCAUCGAGGCGGCCUUGGAGCCGUUAGGGCAACUAUUCGUGAGGGUUGCUUUGAAGCUUGUGGGGGAAGAGAAGUCGGGUCGGGAGGGGGUCGCGUGCACGUGGGGCGACGUGUGCAAAUCAUUCUUGAGCGGUGUCAGCUCCAUCAAGGGUCAGACCUUCACGUUCGAUGAGUGGAAUAAGUAUUCGGUCUCGAGCGGUGCAGCUGCAACUGCCAAGGCAAUGCCUGCAGCGCCUGCCACGGCGACGCUCAACGACCAUAAGGACCCUGCGUGGAUUGCCAAGAAGGCUGGUUACUCGGUCGGGUCCUUCGUAGUUCAGAAGGAUGUUCCAGCCCAGAGGCUUUACGCUGUCUUCAGCAUCGGCCAUAUGGUCAAGCUUCACGAGGUGGUCAACCACGGCGGAGAGCCACGCGCGGCUGAAAUUGCAUUGGAAGGUCUCCUUGGUAAGUGGUCGCUCUCAAAAGCUGAGCCGCCAAAGCAGAUGGAGGGUGAUCAGCAGCGGCCCCGUCGGUUGUACAUCGACAAGCAAAAGGCUAUAUUGGACCGAGCUCUUCUCGAGCUAGACGCCAAGCACAUGGGAAAACAAACGCUAAUCUUCUGGCGGAAGCCAGAUGAGGUUCGGACCACGUGUGCGAUCAAGCAGGGGCAGCUUACACUGGUCCCAGUGGCACCGUUGGUCAACAUAAGCUCGAAGAACGCGUCUAAUGGGUCGGGCCCGAGCGACAACGGCACCAGCAAGUUCGAUGAAGCCGCGUUCGUGGCUGCGUACUGGUGGGUCGCGACAACAUACGAUAAGAAGCAAGCCAACAUGGCUACGAGCCACGUGUCCCACGGUGGCAUCAUGCUGCCAGUGCUGACCAAUAUUACCGACAUCGGGCCGAACGUAAAGCUCCAGGUAUUCGUCAAGCCCAAGGCUAAGGCUGUGCCGAUCCACGAGGAGAGCGCCAAGAAGCAGAAGAGGUCGUAA